CACAAUACAUACACAUAUUUUAUCGUCUGCUUUUUUGUUGUGCUUUUUAUGAGCUUUUUAUACCUUCUACGAUGUUAAUGACUUUAGCGAGCGAGCCGUCAUGUGUCAAGGAACUCCGUAGAGGCGAAUGCCAUUUCAAAGCAACAUUAUUCAUCGUUCUUACUUCUCUCUUUCUCUCGCGAUUUUCCGUCGCUCCUUCUCUAAGUCACGGCAGACGUGUGACGUAGGGUGGGUCUAUAUGGCUAUAUAGGCUAUAUAGGGAAAGAAAGAUUCAGGGCCGUUUAACCCAUGACUUCAUGAGGGCCAUGAGCGUAUCACGGGAAAGCUCAGUGUGCGUGGUGGCGUGACGGUACGCAACUUCGUUCUUGUCAGUCAGCUGUUUUCUCGUGGAGAUGCACUUAGUAUAGAAUUAUAGAUCCAUCCGUGCCACCAGGGAGACUAGACGCUCUGAUGUUGAUGUGCGUAUGUAUAUAGUGAAAGUAACUUUUUGUUGCUGAUUGUUACUUUAGUGUUUAAGAUUUUAAGCCUCUGACGGGGGAGUACUGGGUCCUGAAGCAAUAGUCGAAAAAUGAGAGAUUGAUACAAGUGCCUUUUGUAUGUAUACUUACGGCUGGAUUGAGCUGAUGUUUUGGUUAGCUUUGUUGUAUCAGAUUGAGAAAACAUGUUUCGAUGAAGUAUGUCCCACUAGCCUAUACAAUUGCGUAACGUCCACGAAUUUGAUAAGAUAAUAUUUUCUACUAUGAGGACCAGUUGGAGAAGAACAGUCAAAGCAGUUUGUUGAAGUUUGAUUGCAACGAUACGUACGAUCAAGCAGUUGAUUUUGCUUCCGCGGCAUUAUGGGCGAGAACAACGGGGCAGGCGAGGGUGUCGUAACGACGACCAACAGCAGAGCCUAUCCCGUGAAGGACGCCGCUUCGGCUGGCAGUGGCAGGCAGGGAGCGAGCGAGAGCACGUCCCUGUCGCCCAACGCCAAGCAGACCUACUUCGCCGACGCCAGGAUUCGGAUACCCGAGGACGACGAGAGCUUUUUCAGCUUCAGGAAAUUAUGGGCCUUCACGGGGCCGGGCUUCCUGAUGUCCAUAGCUUACCUGGACCCAGGCAACAUAGAGUCCGACUUGCAGUCCGGUGUGAUCGCGAGAUACAAGCUACUGUGGGUGCUGCUGAGCGCGACGAUACUGGGCCUGGUCAUGCAGAGGCUGAGCGCCCGCCUGGGCGUCGUGACGGGCCUGCACCUGGCCGAGAUGUGCUACAGGCAGUACAAGAAAGUUCCUAGGCUGAUACUCUGGAUCAUGAUCGAGAUCGCCAUCAUAGGCAGCGACAUGCAGGAGGUCAUAGGCACGGCCAUCGCUCUCUAUCUUCUCACAAAUAAAGGGCUUCCGAUAUGGGGAGGAGUACUCAUCACCGUCGUCGACACGUUCACCUUCUUGUUCCUGGACAAGUACGGUCUGCGGAAACUGGAGCUGUUCUUCGGCUUCCUCAUCACCGUCAUGGCGGUUACGUUCGGCUACGAGUACGUGGUGUCGGCGCCGCCACAGGCCGACGUGAUGAAGGGCAUGUUCAUACCCUGGUGCGAAAACUGUGAUACGAGCGUCCUGCUGCAAGCCGUCGGCGUAAUCGGCGCUGUUAUUAUGCCUCAUAAUUUGUACCUGCACAGUGCUCUCGUCAAGUCUCGUGAUGUCGACCGCAGACAACCCAGCAAGGUCAAGGAGGCAAACAUGUACUACUUCGUCGAAGCCGCAAUCGCCCUGCUAGUGUCUUUCUUGAUCAACGUAUUUGUCGUCGCUGUUUUCGCGCACGGGCUUUUCGGAAAGUCCAAUCGGGAUGUCUUCGAGCUUUGCGAGAGCAACAACUUUACGCAAGGAACGGAAGUUUUUCAAAACAACACGGAUGCUUUCGAAGCCGAUCUCUACAAGGGCGGUAUCUUUCUGGGCUGUCAAUUUGGCUUCGCUGCCAUGAUAAUCUGGGCCAUCGGUAUCCUGGCUGCUGGUCAGUCGUCGACGAUGACCGGUACUUACGCCGGUCAGUUCGCCAUGGAGGGAUUCCUGAACUUGCAGUGGGCCAGGUGGAAGCGUGUCCUGUUCACCCGUACCAUUGCCAUUGUGCCAACCUUCUUCGUCGCUUUCUACGCCGACAUCAACGACCUCACCGGCAUGAACGACAUCCUCAAUGCGGUUAUGAGUCUUCAGCUGCCAUUCGCUGCUCUACCCACCAUCGCCUUCACCAGCAGCGUUCAGAUCAUGGGAGAGUUCAAGAACGGAAUAUUCAACAAAGUUGUUGCCACUGCUUUAUCCAUAUUGGUAAUUUCCAUCAACGUCUACUUCGUGUCUCAGACGGUCUCUGACAUCGUCGCCGAAGACCCGACGUAUAGGACCGAAAUCAUAGUGGGAAUCUCUAUAUUCGCUAUUUUGUAUUUAUUGUUCUGCCUUUAUCUCGUAAUUCAUAUGGCCAUCAGUAUGGGUGCAACGUCUCUGAAUAGAUUUUCUCUCAUCAACAAAUACAUUGGUGGACCAGUUGAAACGAGUUUUGGAUUAACAAAUCCAGUUGUUUAUUCGAGUAUGAGCAAACGUACCUGAGGAGUGUUCUACAUUAAAGGACGAAUCCAGCAUUCUGCGAUGACAAUAACAUGGAUGGAACUUAUAAAAUACGUAACAACUCAGUCCCAUUGUCACACAUUGAUGUUCCAUUUUUGUAAUUAAAAUACUUUGUAACGGCUUGCCAUGUUUGUAAAAAAAAAAUGUUUUUUAAGAAGAGACAAUAUUUUGAUUGUGAGGAGUUUUAUAUCCGAUGUACAGUUAAUAAAGUUCAUCGAACUUAAACGGUUAAAAAUGA